AUGGAGUUCAGCGAAACCGACGAGUUCCUGGGUGAUGAGGCGUUUCUGAAGAAGCGGGCGGAAAGAGGGAAGAAGGCGCCAACGGCAUCGGAUUCAAAAGUUAUGUCGGAUAUGCAGAAGGCUUUCGGAGAGCUGCUUGGCGAUCCUUUUUUCUUGCAGGAUGGUGGCUGUUUGAUGUUUCCGUGCCAGGCAACCUACUCGGAGGCAGGAAUAUUUUCCCGCGGGAAGAAGGCGCCCAAGAAGGAACUGUAUAUCUCCGAGAAAGACUUUGUCGAAUGUGCUCGCGCGGAUGUCGGGCCAUGGCGGUAUUCAACCUGCGGCUGAGGCGUCAUCCUCUGCGUCUUCUGCGGUGCCAGCUGCGUCCUCUGCCACUGCCAAUCCCGUUGUGUCGAAGAAGGAGAAGCCAGUUAAGAAUGCGCGCGAUCCUUUGGAAUUGGAUAGCAGCCAGAUCAAAAAGCUGAAGCUCGCAGAGGCAGUAGCUGCACAGGCAGCCGAAGCUGCAGGUAGAACUUCUAAGAAACGAAGUAUGAAGCGCCUGUCUCACAAGUUCUACUGCUGUCGUUUCGUUUCCUGUAGCUGUACCAGAUAUUACUUAUAAUGAUGCAGCUUGUUGUAGUUGUUCUUGCCUUAGAUACUGGCUUAGAGUACAUUGGGCGGAGUGAUAGGUCGGUCUCAUCCCCCUCCCUAGCUCCCUAUAAUUAGGUCUCCGACGCGAGGCGUGUUGCAUCAAAUCUAGGCCCAUCCUUCCAAAGAUCUCGCCUUUUUGAGAGGGUGCAGGUCCCGCGACGCUCAAAGCACACAAAGUAAAUUAGCCGGCUAAUUUCCCUCGAUAGUUCGGAGGUCGUUCGUAACCCUAUAAUAUUCGCAAUGAUGUAGCUUCGUUUAAUUAAAACAGGCCAACGCUAGUUGGUGCGCGCUCUUGUCUUGUUUUAUUUACUGUCGAAGUAGAAAUAAUAUGAAAAAAUCACUUCCAAAAUGAAUCUCUACAGGUUUUUCGGUCAGGUUCCGCAUCUAUGAGACCGAGGACAACGGCGACCGAGCCUUAUGGCGAGUGGGGCGACCAUAUGUGUCAUUCGCUUUUGUCGGCGUUUCCACCCAAGCUACCGAAGACUAUGACGCGCGACGACUUUUUCUGCUGGCGGGGGAGUUAUGCAGAGGGGACAUUGAUCGGCGAGUUUGACCAGAACAAGGUGUACAAGAAAAUCUUCUGGUUCGGCGAGGACGAGAGGUUCGUGACGGACUUCAAAAAGAAGGCCAAGAAAAUGAGAAAAAUGGGAAACAAGAAGAACAAGAGCGUUCCGUUUGAUUUCUACAACCACAACGAUUAUUUAUUUUAACAGUGAAGAUAGUGAUUCGGAUUCGCUCAGCGGCGGUCGCGGGUUUUUCAGAUUUGGCGGCUCGGAAGAUUCAGUCGACUUUGCGGUCUUGGAAUAUCGUACUGCCGUGAUGGUUGUUUUUCCCGCUGCAAGAGAUCGCAAGCAAGUAAGCGGCACAGGAACUUCUAAAGUAGUCCCCGACAGCAUCAAGAGUAGUAACAAGAAGCAAGCUUAAGGUGCUGCAGCAGCGGCCUCGGCUAGAAGUAAGAGCAGCAGUAGUGUAAACGCGCAAUCUCUCGUCGGUGUACAGCUACCAGCUGCAGAGCAGCAGGGUGAAAAAAUAGAGAACACGACCGGCACAGUUGCUGUCAAAAACCCAGACACCGCGAGGACAGGAAAUGGGUCGAAGAAGAUGGCAGUCGCUAAGUCUACUAAGUCGAAAGCUGCUACUACGGUAAAGCCGAAAGAAAAGCCAGCGGCAGCAGCGAAGGCGAUGAAGGCUGUAGCGAAGACCGCGCCGAAAGCGAAAGCGACGGCGGUGAAAAGGGCUCCCCCGAAACCGAAAGCAACGUCCGCGAAGAAACCUGCGCAGAAAGCGAAGGCUGGAAAGAAGUGAGACUGAGAGACAAAUAACCUUAACCACAAUGGGACUUACAGAAAUUUAUCUCAAAGUCAGAAGAACACGUGAAGGCGGAGCGAGGUGGUUGCUGUUCCACGAAAUAUGCUUCAAUCCCUGCAUAGAGCUAACAUUUGGAAAUGGAAAUGCGUGAUCGUCUUUUCUCCUCAAAGAUGGGAGCUUUCGGGUAUGUCCACAAAUAGAAAGAGCUUCGUCAUCGAUAAUACACUCAAAUUGGAAAUGUAUAGAAACAAAAAUAGAAAUGAAAAUAAAAAUGAAAGAUGGGGAAGAGACGAGUACGAAUAUAAGAUAAGUAUUAGGAUGAGACUUUUAUACACUGGGGAUGAUAAUAAUACACCUACAAACUUCUAGGAUGAUGAGUCGAAACCUGAAAAAAGUGCGAGAUUUGUAGUGUGAACAUUUAAACUGGGAGACUUCAGAUCCUAGGUGACGAGAUUUUAACUCGCAAUUUCAGAGGACAGGGCACGAAGUAUGAGCUUGCUGCUGAUGGAUUCAGUGCCAGUUUCGUUCAGAUUCCAAUUGAAAGACGCAGCCGUGAUCUCCACGGGGUUGCAUUCUGAAGAACUUUGGAUCAACGCCAUCGGUCACAACAAUUUAUCUGAUAAGGAAUAUGAGAACAUAGUGAUAGUGAAGCAAGAAAAUGAAAAGGAAAGAGGAACUGAAAUAUGCU